ACCCAUUUGCCUCCCACCUCAUUUGUUUCAACAUCUUUGCAUCACCACACAAAAACCCGCAAACCAAAAAUCAUUACCCAUAUCUUUCUCAUUCUAUCCAAAUCCUCAUCACUCAACCAAAGCUCUCCCAAAAAAAAAAACAGAGAGCUUAGGAGGAGAAGAAGAGGAACAGGAACCAACCAUCAACAACAAUGGCUGUUUCAACAAUCUACUCUACACAAGCUCUCAACUCAACUCACUUCUUAACCUCCUCUCCCUCUUCUUCCUCCUCAAAACAAGUCUUCUUCUACCGUCGUCAUCAAUCCCAAACCAACCGUAGAUUCAACACCAUCAUCACAUGCGCCGCACAACAACAAACCGUCGUGAUCGGACUCGCUGCCGACUCCGGAUGCGGCAAAAGCACCUUCAUGCGGAGGCUGACAAGUGUCUUCGGUGGAGCCGCCGAGCCACCCAAGGGAGGGAACCCUGACUCCAACACACUCAUCAGUGACAUGACCUCUGUGAUCUGUCUCGACGAUUACCAUUCCUUGGACAGGACCGGUCGCAAAGAGAAAGGAGUCACUGCUUUGGACCCACGCGCCAAUGACUUUGAUCUCAUGUAUGAGCAAGUCAAAGCUCUUAAGAGUGGCAUCGCCGUUGAGAAACCCAUUUAUAAUCACGUCACUGGACUUCUUGACGCGCCUGAACUCAUUCAGCCUCCCAAGAUUCUCGUCAUCGAAGGUCUUCAUCCGAUGUUUGAUGAGAGGGUAAGAGACUUAUUGGACUUCAGUAUCUACCUAGACAUUAGCAACGAGGUCAAAUUCGCUUGGAAGAUUCAGAGGGACAUGGCUGAAAGAGGUCACAGCUUAGAGAGCAUCAAGGCGAGUAUUGAAGCACGAAAGCCUGACUUCGAUGCAUUCAUUGACCCACAAAAGCAGUACGCGGACGCGGUGAUAGAAGUGCUUCCAACACAGCUGAUUCCAGAUGACAAUGAAGGCAAAGUGUUGAGAGUGAGAUUGAUAAUGAAGGAAGGUGUCAAGUACUUUAGCCCCGUUUACCUAUUUGAUGAAGGUUCAACCAUCUCGUGGAUCCCUUGCGGUCGCAAACUCACCUGCUCCUACCCUGGCAUCAAGUUCGACUAUGCACCCGAUUCCUACUUCGACCAUGAGGUUUCGGUUGUGGAGAUGGACGGGCAGUUUGAUAGACUGGACGAGCUGAUUUACGUGGAGAGCCAUCUGAGUAACCUAUCGACCAAAUUCUACGGUGAAGUUACUCAACAGAUGCUCAAACAUGCUGAUUUCCCUGGUAGCAACAAUGGAACAGGUCUUUUCCAGACCAUUGUUGGAUUGAAGAUCAGAGAUCUCUAUGAGCAGCUCAUUGCCAACAAAGCCACUGCUCCUGCAGAAGCUGCUAAAGCCUAAAACACAAGGCAAAAUAGAACCCGUCUAUAAAGUAUAAACCCCUUUGCAGUUUCUUCUUCUCUCUCUUUCUUUUUAUGGAUUUUUCAUGGCGAAAAGGGACUAUUUUUGCUUUGGUUUGUAAUUUAUGUGGAGAUGGUAACAGAAAAUUCUCUAAAGUAGAGAAGUUAAUAAUAGCAAAGCAAUAAAAAUUAAAUUAAUACAA